AUGAAGAAACACUGGGUUUCAGUCACCAUCCUCCUAUUCCCUGUGAUGACUUGCGGUUGGUUGAUUGUGGGUCUUUUCAUUUGGAUCCUCAUCCCCCAUUUCAACUUCCCCUCAUCCCUACUUGUUUCUGCCUGCGUCACUGCCACAGAUCCAGUCUUAGCUGCUGCUGUUGUUGGUAAAGGCAAGUUUGCCGAAAGAGUUCCAGGUCACUUGAGAAACUUGUUGACUGCUGAAUCGGGUUGCAACGAUGGAAUGGCUUUCCCGUUCAUCUACUUGUCGUUGAAUUUGAUCACCCAUAGCGGAAAUGCUCGUGAAAUUGUCAAGGAAUGGUUUACGCUCACAAUCUUGUGGGAGUGUUUGUUUGGUGUGGUUUUGGGUGUUUUCUUGGGCUACACUCUUCGAAAAGCCGUGGCCUUUGCUGAGAAGAAGGGUUUGAUAGACAGAGAAUCCUUCUUAGCCCUUUUUGUGUUUUUGGCAUUUAACUCGGCGGGUAUUGGAUCUAUGUUGGGUGUUGAUGAUCUCUUGGUUUCCUUUGCUGCCGGUACUGCUUUUGGAUGGAAUGGUGACUUUGCUAGGAAAACCGAGGAAUCGCACGUGUCGACAGUCAUUGACUUGUUAUUGAACUUGUCCUUCUUCGUUUACUUUGGAGCCAUUGUUCCUUGGCCUGACUUCAAUAACUCGGAGAUCGGUCUUGAUGUAUGGCGACUUAUCAUCCUUGCGGUUGUAAUUAUCUUCUUGAGAAGAAUUCCUGCUGUUCUUGCGCUCAAGCCUUUCACUCCAGAUAUCAAGUCCUGGAGAGAGGCAUUGUUUUGUGGUCAUUUUGGGCCUAUUGGGGUUGGUGCCAUAUUCGCCGCUAUCUUGGCGAGAGCCGACCUCGAAAAACAUUACACACAUGAGGAAACACCAUUGAGAAAAGUUCCAGAUAAGUCAUUCCCUCAUUACCAGCUCAUUGCUUCUAUCUGGCCAAUCAUUUGCUUUGUGGUGAUAACUUCCAUUGUCGUUCAUGGCUCAUCUGUUGCUGUGCUUACUCUCGGUAAGAGGUUGAACAGAAUGGCCAUCACAAUGUCCUUUUCUGUUACAAAUACCCAGGACCAGGGACCUUCUUGGAUUUCUCGUUUGCAAAAGCUCGACAAGACUUCAACCUCAUUUUCAUUGCAUAGAAUUGACACGACGACUGUCAGUGACAAAGACGAGCAGCUUUCCAGAACUAAUACCGUCGAAACAAGUGGCGUCAAAGUGCGUCCAGCUGGAGGUGCCAAGAGAAAGAAGCGUGGGAAACGUAGCAAAAAGUCUACAAAGCAUGAGGAGAUCGGACUGUCUCCGACCAUCGAAAGGCAGCGUCCGCAAACUGAAUUCCUUCAGCUCGGUAAAACUCCUUCUCGCCAUCCACUGAACCUUGACAACGAAGACGAAUCUCCUGGAAGCACCACCAUUGCCAAUUCUGAAUUACAGACAACCAACGAGACUAAAGAAAUACCCCCUGAAGCCCUUGAGGAAGUCAAGAAGAAAGUAUCAGAGAUUCAAAGAGAGGCUUCAGGCACGAGCCAAGUUCCUACUACCGUAUAUCAAGAAGGUCUGCGUGUGGUUGUGGAAGACCAAGACGGAGAGAUCAUUGAUUCUGCUUCGCUAAUUGAUUACGAUAAGGAGCGGCCAGAUUUAGGACGUGGUGACGCACCUGAUGGUCUGGAUAUGAGUAUACAUUCCAUGGGCUCUCUCAGAAGGCACAUGUCUGCAUUCUCGGCUUUAUCAGACACACUGAAUGCUUCAGGUACGGAGUCUAUGACAAGCAAACUCACUCGGACUCUCAGCUCUAAUGUUAGAAAGGCCUUUGUCAAGAAGGAUGGUAAAGGCAAAGGAAAGAAGUACUAUGCACAUCAAGUGGAUAACUUGCUUCUUAUUGAGAAUGCUGAUGGAGAGAUUGUGAGGCGUUUCAGAGUCAACAAGCAUGAAUCGCUGCGUGCUCGGUCCCGCUCUAUUGUUGGUAGGGCCUUGUCCUUGGUAGGUAUCAAGACUCGCGACAGUGCAACUUCCGCAAGUGGCGCUCCAUCAGGGCUGACAUCGGCUGUGGAACCAAGUGAAGUCAAAAACAAGCUCACUGUUCCUCCGACAGUGCAUGAAGACCUGGACCGGCUGUAUGGAGACAGUGAAUCUGAAUUUGAAACUGAAGAUGACUUCUCCGAGACAGAAGUUGAGAAGAGGAGAAGAUUGGCUGCAUUGGGAGAGAUCUCUGACGGUAGAGCCGAGAGUGAUGAAGAGGAGUAA